AUGCCUUCAUCCCACUCUCUAAGUUCCGAGCUCGACAGCCUGAAGAAGCGGAAAAGAGAAAAGCAUGACCAGGCGAGCAUUUCCAAACCCAAGCGACCUCGUGCCCAGACGAAACCGAGCAGGGUAAACGGCACGCAAAAUGACGUCUCUCACGACCUACAGACAGAGACUGAGAGCCAAUCUCUAACCAUAACCCCCUCCAAGCCCAAGAGAGCCAGGCAACAGAAACAGAAACAAGGCGGUGUACUUGAAAGGACCCAUGCUGUGCCGUGGAAGGUCUCCGAACCCAUGGGCGGUCGCAUGGCUGAUGUUGACCCUAUCUUUACUCCCGACGAGCGACAUCUCAUUAUCGUAUACAAUACUUCGAUACAAGUGUACAGCACCAAUGACUCUCUUCUUGUUCGCCGCAUUCCAAUUCCAAUUGUGUCAAAGAACCAUGAUGGCAACCCACAGCGUUGCAUCAUUGCUGCCGUCCUUUCGCAAAGCUCGUCCGAUAUACUCUGGGUUGGCUGUUCUGAUGGCUGUAUCUGGCGAGUCGACUGGACGACGGGUGCGCUAGAUACCUGCUUCGAGACACUCGCCAACGGGCUCCUCGAUCUUACAGUUCAAUCUGUCAAGAUUGGCAAGAAGGUGGAAGAGGUUCUGUUCACCUCGGAGCGACUGAACGCAAAGACUUCACAGCUUGUUGCAUAUCAUAGUCACGACCUGUCUGAGAUGGACAGCCGGCCUUUGCACACCACUAGUGCCGACAUGCACAUCCUGCAAUCUGCUCCUGGGCUUGGCAAUAAUGACGGCGUUCUCAUCGCAGCCAUGGGGCGAACUGCUCUCAUCGGGACUCUCGCUACUCGGGAGAUUGCUAGGUUUCAGGACCUGGAAUACAAUUUCUAUUCCUUGGAACUAGACGAUGAGAUUUGCUCUCUAGACACGAGGCACUCUGCUCGCAGGUCGUCAUCGAAACGGGGCAAAGGCGUAGAUCCAAGUGUCGGUGUCCUUGACCUUCUCGUCGGCUGCGCUCGAGGCUCCAUUCAGAUAUUCGAUGACCUUGUAGCCCGGCUCCAAGGUCUGCUCGGUGGCAGUUCCAAAAAGGCCAGCCCUCAGCCACGGAAGCAUCACUGGCAUCGCCGAGCUGUCCACAGUGCUAAAUGGUCGCGAGAUGGCCAUUACUUUGUAUCUGGCGGGCUUGAAUGCGUUCUUGUCUUGUGGCAAGCUGACACCAGCAAACGCGAAUAUCUGCCUCAUCUCUCUGCUGCGAUUGACAAUAUUGUUGUAUCACCCACUGGCUCUUCCUACGCUAUUCACCUUGAUGACAAUUCGACCAUGGUUAUCUCGACCGCCGAGAUGAAACCUACGAGCUAUGUUUCCGGCCUUCAGUCUCUGGUAUUUACCGAAAUGCCACCGAAAGGCUCGUCAGUUCGGCGGGUUUGGCAAACGAUCGAAGAUCUGUCAAGGCCACUACCAGCCGUGAUUGACCCUGCCGACCCUUCCCGGAUGUUGCUAUGUGUGGGCAAUGGACAACAAGCUAGCCUCACUGGACGCUUCCCGAGCGUACCUCUGAUUCAGACCUUUGAUCUGACCUCCUUUCAGAGCAUUGCGAAACAACCACUCAGCAGAACCAACCCUACCGAUGCCAACCUUGGGAGCAGGGGGUAUCCGGUCACAGAACCUACAGUCGCGCAUUUGGCUCUCUCGCGCAAUGCGACCUGGCUGGCUUCGGUCGACGAGUGGCAGCCACCCCGUAGGGAUCUCAGCAAUGCGGCUGAAGAUGGCGCGUUUGCUGGAGAAUGGAGUCGGGACAGACGCGAGAUACACCUGAAGUUUUGGCGGGCCAAUGCUGAGCAGAACACUUUUGAGCUGGUCACCAGAGUCAACGAAGCUCAUUUCACCAAUAGGGCUGAGCCGAUCUUUGAUCUGGCUGCUGACCCGAACUCGGCCCGCUUCGCAACGGUUGGAGAUGAUGGUGUUGCCAGACUGUGGGCUCCAAAAGUCAGACAACGUGACGGUCUCACUUCCGCUGGCUCGGAUGGCCAGCCUCUCAGCUCAUGGUCUUGUACUCGAGCUAUCACCCUCGGAGAGAAUGGCGGCCCACAGGACGACACAGUCUUGUCUGAAUCACCUAGUAUCAACAGGAGUGGCGCAUUGGUGUUUUCCGAAGACAGCUCAACGCUCUUUGUAGCUUUUGGGGGCCAUGGCGAGGGUGUGGUCUACAUCAUCGAUAUCGAGUCGGGAGAGAUUCGGGAUGUCCUGCACGGCAUGAUCAAUGGCGAUGUUCGCAGUAUCCACGUGCUCUCCUCAUGCGUUAUCGUCGUCUCCAAGGACCUCAAGGUCUACGAUAUAGUCACCGACGAGCUCCGGUACGGGAUCCAUCUCAAGAGUGAAUCACACGGCGCCCUUCUCCAAACGCAUGUCGCUGUGGAUCCGCAAUCCCAGACAUUUGCGCUUGCCGUACCGCAUUUCCGGGGCAAGAAUCGCAAGAUCGAAAAGGGCGUGUGCUCGGAUUUGGCGGUCUUUUCCCUCGACGACAGCCAGCCAUUGCUCAUGGAGGACUUUCCCUCGCUGAUCACGAAUCUCCUUCCCGCUGUGAGUAUGCCGGGCUUCAUCGCCAUUGACUCGGCUGCCCAGGUAUGGUCUGUGAUGGAGGGAACUCAAACAACAUGGCUUGCCCAACCAUUAGCCGACCUGCACCUUGAUAUGGAGGACGUUGAUGGAAACGCGACGAAUGGAGUGGUUCUACUUGAAGGGGACGCCGGUGACGAGAGUGACGCUGAACAGGAUGACGAGGACCGUAUGGAGCUCGACACCGACGAGGUCCAUCAGGCCGUGAUUGCACCACAGAAGCUCACAGACAUCUUCGAUGCUGCGCCGGCCUUUGCCAUGCCCCCCAUCGAGGAUAUAUUCUACCAGGUGACAGGGCUCCUGUCCACGAAAUCUGUGCCUGCGGCAUGA